AUGGCGGGGUUCUCUGUCAUGGACACACUCUUCCAGCGCACACUGGAGGACCUAAUCAAGGGCCUCCGCCUCCACUCCCUCAACGAAUCCUCCUUCCUCUCCAAAUCCCUCGACGAAAUCCGCCGCGAGGCCAAGUCCACCGACCCGGACACCAAAUCCACCGCCCUCCUCAAACUCACCUACCUCUCCUCCCUCCACUUCCACGACAUGUCGUUCGCCGCCUUCCACGUCGUCGAGCUCCUCUCCUCCACGCGCUUCUCCCACAAGAAGAUCGCCUACCACGCCGCCUCCCACUCCUUCGACGCCUCCACCUCCGUCCUCGUCCUCGUCACCAACCAGCUCCGCAAGGACCUCACCAGCCCCAACGAGUUCGAGGUAAGCUUAGCACUCGAAUGCCUCUCUCGAAUCGCCACUGUAGAUCUCGCUAGGGAUUUGACUCCAGAAAUCUUCACAUUGCUGGCCAGCACUAAAGUAAUGGUCAGAAAGAAAGCAAUCGGUGUGAUCCUGAGAGUGUUUGAUAAGUAUCCGGAUUCGGUUAGGGUAUGUUUUAAGCGUUUAGUUGAGAAUCUAGAGAGUUCCGAUUCGCAGAUUGUGUCUGUGACUGUGGGAGUGUUCUGUGAGCUGGCUGUGAGGGAUCCGAGGUCCUAUCUUCCGCUUGCGCCGGAGUUUCAUAAGAUUCUGGUUGAUUCCAAGAACAAUUGGGUUUUGAUCAAGGUGUUGAAGAUAUUUGCGAAGCUGGCUCCGUUGGAGCCGAGGUUGGCUAAGAGAGUGGUGGAGCCGAUUUGCGAGCAUAUCAGGAAGACUGGGGCCAAGUCGUUGUUGUUUGAGUGCAUUAGGACUGUGGUGAGCAGUUUGAGUGAGUAUGAGAAUGCGGUGAGGCUUGCUGUUGUGAAGAUUCGGGAAAUGUUGGUGGAUGAUGAUCCGAAUUUGAAGUAUCUUGGAUUGCAGGCGCUUGCCGUUGUGGCUCCGAAGCACUUGUGGGCGGUGUUGGAGAAUAAGGAGGUUGUGAUUAAGUCCUUGAGUGAUGUUGAUCCAAAUAUUAAGCUGGAGUCGCUGCGUCUUGUUAUGGCGAUGGUGUCUGAGAACAAUGUGGCUGAAAUUUGCAGGGUUUUGGUCAACUAUGCACUUAAAUCUGACCCGGAGUUCUGCAAUUUGAUACUGGGUUCCAUUUUGUCGACAUGUUGUAGAAAUGUAUACGAGAUCAUUAUGGACUUCGAUUGGUAUGUAUCGCUUCUGGGAGAAAUGUCAAGAAUACCACAUUGCCGGAAAGGAGAAGAAAUUGAAAAGCAGCUUGUAGAUAUUGGUUUGAGGGUCAAGGAUGUUAGACCAGAGCUUGUGCGAGUUAGUCGUGAUUUGCUGAUUGAUCCGGCAUUACUUGGUAAUCCUUUCUUACACAGGAUAUUAUCGGCGGCUGCUUGGUUAUCGGGGGACUAUGUUGAGUUCUCGGUAAACCCAUUUGAACUCGUGGAGGCACUAUUACAGCCUCGUACAAGUCUCUUACCACCGUGGAUAAAAGCAAUAUAUAUACAGUCUACAUUCAAGGUCUUAAUCUUUUGUCUGAACUCUUACCUUUUGCAGAGGGGGAAUGCUGGUUCCUCCUCGUAUCCUGAUAAAUUCGUGCCAGAUGUCCCAGGAUUGCUCUCUGAACAGGAUAGCGCAGGGUGUUCUGACUUGGCAUCAUCUGAUGCUCCUAUGCAUGCCAAACUGGAUGAAGGAUUCAACCCAAGGGAUUUAAAUCAAUCAAUUGGAGGUCUUUCUGCAGAAUUUCGUGGGGAGGAAACUUCUACUUAUGGGCAGGCAUCUGCAUCUGCUUCAUUGAAGGACAGUUUCACACACGAAUCUAUCACGAACCUUUUGAAUAGAGUUGAAUUGGCUGUGGCUCCACUUACAGGAUGCUAUGAUGUAGAAAUAGUAGAGAGAGCACGAAAUGUACUUUGUUUCAUUGAGUUGUUCAAGCCACAAAUGCCUGACUGUCUAGUUCAGAAAGAGGAAAGUUCAGAUAGGGAAGAAGCGAAAGCAUCCAAAAUCGUUAAAUUGAUGCACGAUGCCUUUUCAAAUGAUCUUGGUCCUGUCUCAGUAUGUGCUCAGGAAAGAGUUUCUGUACCAGAUGGUUUAGUGCUCGUGGAGAAUCUUGAGGACUUGGAAACAAUCUGUGGUGAUGUCCAACUACCUUCAUUAAAUUCAUUUUCCGGUGGAAGUUCUCAUUUUGAGGAGAUGGCUGGUGUUUCUAUCCCUACCUUUCAGAGCAAAGAAGAGCCAGGGCCAUCAAAUGAAUCCACAUCUCUGCUUGCAGAACACCGUAAGCAGCAUGGCUUAUAUUAUCUUCCUUCAGAGAAAAAGGAUGGUGAUUAUCCACCUGCCAAUGACCCUCAGAUACAGGCUAAAUCUAAUGAUGAUGAAGAUCUUGCCAAGCUUACCGAGCAGUUGGUUGUUCCAAAGAAAAAACCAAACCAUGCAAAGCCUAGGCCUGUUGUGGUGAAACUAGAUGGAGAUCAAGUACGUAUUGCAAUUGGCCCACGUCCACAGGAAGAUUCGCUGUCUGGUACAGUGCGGGAUAUUCUUCUAGGAAGUGAGACAGAACCCACUACCAGGUCAUCUACUAGGAUAAAAGGGAAGGAGAAACUAAACGUUGAGUCUGCCACUGAAUCCAAGGAAAAUUUGGGUGAUGUAGAAAAGCAAGAUCAAGGAAACUCGAGUUCAAGAAAAAGCAAGCACCGUACUCAUAGUAAAGGGAGAAGGCACAGAAGCCCGGGGAAGAAAGGAGACGAAAGAGAAGAAAACGGUCAGAAAGCAAAGCCAAAAAGUAGUGGUAGGCACAAAGCUCGGCAACGAGCAGAUGCGCCGUUGAAUGUGGUUUCACAAACACCAGUUAUUCCAGAUUUUCUCUUAUAGUGUUACUAGUUUUGGAUUUGUUUGUGUGUCAUCAACUGGUACAGAACUUCUUAGCCUUGUGUUUGACUGCUAAGGCUCGUUCUGCUGUAGAUUUUAUACAUUUUGGGUUUGUGCCUACAUACCCCUGUUUUCUUUUUUUACUUUUCUUGAAUCUGAAGGAAGAAUGUGAGAUUUCGAGGUUGAUAUUUUGAAAAAACAACCACACGAGUUUGAGCUCA